CACAUGAACCGAACCACGACCGCGAUACCCCGUCCGCGCAUACUACUCAUACGCGCGCUGGCAUCAAUUGACCGCCUCCCACGCAAUCUGCUCUCCCGACCGCCCUGGAGCUCCAAAGCUUUGGGCCUUCCUUUCCUUUCGUGCCCUCCUGCCGCACCGCGCCGCGCCGCGCCGUCCUCCUCUUCUACCCGAGAUUCAAGUCCCUCCGGCGCCGCUGCAGAGAAGCGAGGACAGAGAGAGAGAAAAAUAAGGGAAAGCAGGAAAAGGAAAGAGGCGCGCGUCGCCGGAAAGCGCCGCCAUGACCUCCUCCUCCUCCUCCUCGCCGCCGCCCCCCUUCCAGGCCGCCCUCCUCGCCGGAGGCCUCGCCGGCACCACCGUCGACCUCUCCCUCUUCCCCCUCGACACCCUCAAGACCCGCCUCCAGUCCUCGGCCGGCUUCUUCCCCUCGGGCGGCUUCUCCGGCAUAUACCGCGGCAUCGGCUCUGCGCUCGUCGGCUCCGCCCCCGGCGCCGCCUUCUUCUUUUGCACAUACGAGGCCACAAAGGGCCUGCUGCUGAGUAGAAGCGGCGGCGGUAGCAGCAGCGGUCUGCUGCCCGACGCCGCGACGCAUAUGAUCGCCGCCAGCCUCGGCGAGGUGGCCGCCUGCGCCGUCCGCGUCCCCACCGAGGUGGUCAAGCAGCGCGCCCAGGCCGGUCUUCACGGCGGCUCCUCCGCCGCCGCCCUGCGCGCCAUCCUCGGCCGGUACCCGACGCACGGCCUGGGCGCCGUCUGGCGCGAGAUGUACCGCGGUUGGGGCAUCACCGUCUUCCGCGAGGUGCCAUUCACCGUCAUCCAGUUCCCGCUGUGGGAGGCCAUGAAGGACUGGCGGUGGCGGCAACGUCGGCGGCAAGGGGGUGGGCACGGCGGCGCCGACGUCUCGGGCGUCGAGAGCGCCCUCUUCGGCAGCGUGGCCGGCGCCGUCGCCGCCGCCAUGACCACGCCCCUGGACGUCCUCAAGACGAGGGUCAUGCUCUCCAAGGAGCGCGUGUCCGUCGCCGAUGUCUUUCGCCGCAUGGUCCGCGAGGAGGGCGUGCGGCCUUUCUUCGCGGGCGUCGUGCCUCGCGUCACAUGGAUAUCCAUCGGUGGUGCCAUCUUCCUCGGCAGCUACCAGUGGGCCAUCAAUACGAUGCGCACAAUAGCGUGACAUUUCUAGGCGGCGGCUGCACGAUAUGACACGAGCGAGGGAGGAGAUGCAAAAAAGGUAUAUAGACGCUUGUAUACGGGAUCCCGACCCACGUGGUCCCGCUACCGCAUAGACAGACCGACGGAGGGUUAAGAACAUUACAUCGCUCGCUCCGGGGCAAGGAGGCUCACCCCCGCCAGCUCAUGUACAAACAACGAGGACGAGAACCCGAACGAUAAUGAUAAAAAUAGAAAAGAAACACCCCGCGAACACCUCGACCCCCAGAAUGCAUUGCGUCCACAAGAAAAUGACAAGCCAGUAGGCAUACAGAGCCGGGCCUAUGACGAC